AUGCAUGAGGAGUCAGCGAUGCCGACGUACGUCAGGAGAAACACAGCAAGAGUCGGCCACACCCGUCUAACGACAAGCAAAUUAUCCGAUCGAGUACUUGACUGCCUUGAAUCACGAAUUAUGGAGCCUGAGAGCAGCUGCCAGUGCUCGAUAUGGCCGCAACAGAUCAUGAAUGAGCUGCACAGCUUGCACACAGUGGUGGAACUAGAGACCAUUCUUAGCUUGGUCGAUCGCAUCCACAACCAAGGACAAGCCAUGCUAAGAUGCAAGGAGUGUCGUGCCAAAGCAGGGUCAUCUCUGGUGGCUAUUCCAGCCCUCACUGAGCAGUGUCUCGCCCUUUUCGAAGCGGCGUGUCUAGCGUACAACGUGUCUCGGAAGAACUCCUUAUUCGAUCCAUCAAUCAUUGCGUUUGAGCAAUCUCUCCCACAAUUCUUGUGCAUCCGAAGCAAGAUACAGCUUGGCCAGAUGGAGCUAGAUGAGGAUGAGACUGGGGUACUAGUCCGAAUGCUCCUUGGCAAGAACUCGAUAAAGCUUCUUGAGCUCUUGAAAGGACUCCGAUCUUUGUCUAAGGAUAGUGGACAGGCGCACAGGGUUGCUGCUUCAACGUUGAGGGCAUGCGAGUCGAAGGUAGACUCGACGAUCCAGCGUGUUGUAGUCUUUAUGGAGCAAAUCGAUGUCGAAUCAGGUAAGUACGAUAUCGUUGCUGCGCGUAGCUUGGGUACUGAUCGCGCGACAUAG